UGUAUAAUAGGGUAAUUCCGGGGAAGGUGGCCACAAGGGAGAAAUAGAGUACCGAAACGUUUAAUAGUUAUCCCUAAUAACUUACCUCCUAUUUAAUUGGUUCCUUUUUGCACGGAGGAGCUAAACUACAUCCAUAACAUAAAAAAAAAAAACAUACAUUAGUGUGAAACUGUGAUGUAAGAUUCUUAAAAUAAAAACAUUUUUUGUAUUGUUUGCAAUAGAUGAUCGAGGUUUCGUUCAUAAUAAAGAUCGAAUCGAAUCGAAAGAAUCGCUAGAUUAUUUUCUGAAUGUUACUUUGAUAUUAGUUCAUUUAGUAGUUUAGUAAAUAAUUUAAAAUUUACAAAAUAAUUUAGAAGUCAUCAUCUGUUCCCGGAAGGAAAAAUGCAUUUUUACGUGUUGUAAUAAUAAUACAAUUUUACCUAUUUGUUACGUGCGAAAACUAAUUAAAAAUCCCAAACCUAAAUAUAAAAAUACUGAACGGAGUUUCUAAGGCGUUUUAGAGAAACUAUAGCCAUUUAUCCUGGUAUUACCAUACAUAUGCGACAAUAACAAUAGAUAAUUAAUUAUUUACUUUCUGACCUUACGCAUAAUCUAACGCAUUUCAAUACAGUAGCCAAUUCCAAAGACUUUUAGUUAAUUUUCAACCUUAAGUCUUAUUACUAAGUUUGAAAUUUAACUGCAAUCUAUAUCGACUUUUAUCCUUUUCCAGCGAUUUGUUGGGUGUUAGUUAAUAAUAUUAACAUACAAAGGCGAAUGACCACUGAAAUCACUAAUCAAUCUACUUAAAAGUCAGCUAAUGAGCUAGAAAGUAAUUUAAGUUUAAUUUCAGUAUAAAAGCAACCGCGACUAUGUUAAUAGGCAUUUCGAAAUUUCUCUGUUGAUUUUAUGAUAAAUAAAUUAGGUAAAUAAAAGCAGAUUAUACUUUAUUUUAAGAAUGGAUUAUGUAAAAUUAAAAACUGCAUAUGAAGAGAAUAUAGAACAUAUUAAUCUCCUCGAUGAUAACGAUAUCGUUAACAGAUGGACUCUCACAGAAACCUCGAUAGGUUUAGGAUUAGUACUAGCCCUGUAUCUAUUGGUAGUUCUAAAGAUAUUGCCAAACUAUAUGAAGAACAGAGAACCAUACAGCUUAAAAAGUAUUUUAACCAAAUAUAAUGCUUUUCAAGUCCUGUCUUCGGCCUACAUUGUAUUUCUAUACGCCAGAUACAUAGUUAAACACGGCAUCAUCACUACAAGAUGUCCCCAAGGAGUGGACCUGCAAGGAGUCAUCAAAGAGAUAUAUCCUUACUUCAUCGCGAAGCAUCUGGACCUCCUCGAUACGGUGUUUUUCGUGCUUCGGAAGAAGGACAACCAGGUGACGUUCCUCCACCUGUACCAUCAUACGGCCAUGGUGUCCUGGACGUGGCUGCAUCUGAUGUAUCACCCGACUGACCACUUUGUGGUGGUGGGGCUGCUUAAUAGUCUCGUCCACGUGAUCAUGUAUGCGUAUUAUGGGAUUAGUUCCAUGGGCCCAGAAUAUCAAAAAUAUGUUUGGUGGAAGAAACAUCUUACUAAGAUUCAAUUGGUACAAUUCAUUCUCGUAAUUUCUCAUCUGUACUACCAACAAAAGUUAACCCCCUGCCCGCUGCCUGCUUUCUUCCACUACUUCUGUGUCUUUAGCAUAGGUUCUUUCUUCUUUCUAUUUCUUAAAUUCUACUUCAAUAGUUAUACAAACAAGAGAAGGAGAGAAUGAAGAGAUUAAUAUAAAAAAAUACA